AUGUCGGGAGGGUUUUUCCGGGGCACGUCGGCUGAUCAGGACACUCGGUUCUCGAACAAACAAGCCAAACUGCUGAAAUCGCAGAAGUUCGCCCCUGAAUUGGAUCACCAGGUGGACAUGACGAAGGUUAAGAUGGAUGUGAUGAGACCAUGGAUUGCACACCGAGUAACUGAACUUCUUGGAUUUGAAGAUGAAGUGCUCAUCAACUUCAUAUAUGGCCUUCUAGAUGCGAAGAAAGUUAAUGGAAAGGAGGUUCAAAUUGCGCUAACAGGAUUCAUGGAGAAAAAUACUGGGAAGUUUAUGAAAGAGCUCUGGUCGCUACUUCUCAGUGCACAAAAUAAUUCAAGCGGGGUCCCUCAGCAGUUCCUGGAUGCCAAAGAGGAGGAAACUAGGAAGAAGAUGGCAGAGACGGAUAGGAUAGCAAAUGAAAUUCGGAGGAAGAAAGAAAAGGAAGCUUUGGAGCUUGAGCAAGAGAAUACGAAGAAGAAGGACGGCGAGGUUGACAUGCUGAGGGCUAAUAUUGCUGCUUUUGAGCCAAGGUCAGCUGAUGAGAAAGACACCAGUGAAAGGAAUGGCUCAAGAGGAAGGAGCAGGGUCUCUAAAUCUCCCCAUUCAGCUGGUCGACCUCUGUCACCUCGAGGCACACAUUCAAGGUCAAUAAGCAAGUCGUUUUCCAAUUCCAGAAGUUGUUCAAAGUCGAGAAGUAGAUCUGGUUCUGAACCUAGAGGGCGCUCUAUUUCCUCUGGAAGGAUGUACCACUCUUCACCAAGACGGUCUGUCACACCUCGUCGGAGGCAUUCUCCUCGGAAGUCUCUCUCUCCUCCAAAACAUAGGUCUUCUAAUUCUAGGCGUAGAUCUACAUCACGUUCAUGGCGCAGAUCACCUUCUCCUGUGCGACAUAAAUUCCGUUCUCCUAUACGUCGCCGAUCACGGUCUCCCAUGUGGCGAUCACCUGUGCGACAUCGAUCACGGUCACCUGUGUGGCGUAGGUCACGGUCACCGGUUCGAAAUAGGCCAAGGUCGCCUAUCAGACGUAGAUCAAGGACUCCUAUGCGACGGCGAUCGGUAACUCCUGUUCGAAGAAGGUCACAAACUCCUGUACGACGGCGAUCACCAAUGCCUGUGCGACGUAGAUCACCAUCUCCUGCAAGAUUGCGCUACCGUAGAUCUCCAUCAACUCCGCGGCGUAGAUCUCCAUCCCUACAUCGAAAUAGAUCCCCUGUUCUACACCGAAGAAGAUCACCAACUCCUCGAUAUAGGUCUCCUUCACCUCAAGAAUGGAGUUCAUCGUCUCCGGUUCGUUGUAUGUCCCCCUCACCAAUCCGAAGAUCACCAAAGCUUAAGCAAAGGUCAUCCAUGCAAUCUCCUAGAGGAACACGCAGAACCCAUGAAAAACAUUCUCCUGUUCGUCGUGCCUUUCCAAGAGAGACUGGUGAAGGAUCAGACUUGUUUGAACGUCGGCCUCCUGUUUCAUCAAUGUCACCACAAAGAGAUCGAAGGAACCAUAAUGAUAUCCAUAGAAAAGUGCCACCCUUGAGGCGUUCGGUAUCCAAGUCUCCUUCCGUUUCAGAAUCUCCAACAGCUGCAAGGAAGGGAAGUGCUAAUGAAGAUGGAAGGUCACGUAGUCCUUAUAAAUCCCCUGUGAAACAAACAAAAAUACAGAUGACUCGUGAUGGCAGCUCAAGUCCUGCACCAAGAGCUAGAGGGCGUGAACCUCAUCAUGACAGUGCAGAGACAAGUGCAGAGGAGAAAGAAACUUCUUAUGCCAGGGAGGAUAGGGAUCAGAAACUUAAGUAUUCAGGGAAAAGGCCUUCACAUUCGUCUGCAGCUGGUGAGCUUAAAGAUAAACUUGAGAAGGUUCGCCCCAAGAACAAAUAUUCGCCUGAAAGAGUAGCUAGUCAUCGCUCUGAUGAAACCUGGGGCCACCCUGAGGGCAAGGAGUUGAGAAAGCAAGGCCAAGAAACAAAGAGUGGAAACCUUCCUGAGUUACUUCAUCCUGCAGUUCCUGUUCCACGAGGUUCACCGGCAAUUGAUAAAGACACUUUGAAAAGUGAGAGAGACCCAGAAUCAUACCGUCGAGGUGGUUACAAAGCUGAUAGGAAGAAUCAUUCUCCAUCAAAAGAUAUAAAGGACAGUGAUCAGCGUCAAAAAUCCGAAACUGUCCUGAACUUGGCCAAAAAAGUUGAGAAUAAUCGAAGAGGUUUUAUGGAUUCUGGCUCCGAGGAAAGUGAUAAGCACAAAGCUCAAGUUAAGGAAAAGAGAAAGCAUAAACGAUCGGAAAGGCAAGAGGUGGCAUCCGAUGAUGAUUCUAGUAGUGAUUCCCAAAUUGUUGAGAGGAAGGAGGCUAAAAGGAGGAGGAAGGAGGAAAAGAGAUUGAGGAAGGAGCAAAGGCGUCAUCGGCGGGAGGAGCGACACCGCAGAAGGGAAGAGAGGCGUGCAGAGAGGCGAAAAUUGAAGUUAGUUGAUACUGUUACUCUACUUCCAGAUAGUGAGAAAAAUCAUGAUGAUUCUACUGAUGGUGAACAUGUUAAAAGGCUGAAGUCGCAUGCCAGUUAUGCAGAAGAGAAUGAAUCUGAGCAGAAAAGGCUUGAGAUCGAGUUACGGGAAAAGGCUCUUAAAAAGCUUAGAGCAAAAAAGGGCGUUGGCCAUUAA